UCUAAAGCUAGCUGCUCUGCCUCCAGCACAACAGAAGUGUGGCCUUGGGUAGAUGGUAAAGUCAACCGAGUGCCUGCAGAGGCCAAGGCAAAAGGGAGCUGAGCCGGUGUUCAAAUGCCUUCACCCUGGGGAUGGAUCCCGAUUCCAAGCGAGUGCUAGAGAACUAACACCAUUUUACAACUAAUCUUAUGCUUUGAUUCUUUCCUCAAAUCUGCAAGAGCCCUUGGCAGCAUUGCUAGACCCUCCCGAAUGUUGCCAAGUGUGGCUGGGAAUGGCAGCGUCCUCUCUCUUUUCAGAGGCACCGAGAUGGAAUCCAGAAGCAAGCCUCAGUUCCUGGCGCUCCUGACACUCUUCAGCGUGCUGUUCUCGCAGUCGCUGGCCUGGCCUCUCUUUGGGCCACCUUCUUCAGUGAGGUUGGAUGACAGGGUGCAGUUCGAAGGAGCAGGUGACCCUGAUCAAGUCUCUUUAAAAGCGGACUCUGACAUCUUGCAGAAUGCCUUAGCGGAGAAUGACACGCCCUAUUAUGAUGUAUCCAGAAAUGCCAGGCAUGCUGAUGGAGUUUUCACCAGCGACUACAGUAGACUUCUGGGUCAGAUUUCUGCCAAAAAAUACCUUGAGUCACUCAUUGGCAAACGAAUCAGUAGCAUCUCGGAAGACCCCGUGCCGGUCAAACGACACUCUGAUGCAGUCUUCACAGAUAACUACACCCGCCUUAGAAAGCAAAUGGCUGUGAAGAAAUACUUGAACUCCAUUCUGAACGGGAAGAGGAGCAGUGAGGGAGAUUCUCCAGACUUCCUUGAAGAGCUAGAGAAAUGAUGAGAAAGGUCCUCUGGGCAGAGCUGAAGAUCGGAGGUGAGUGUGCCUGUGCACCCUUACUGUGUCCACACAACUACCAUGUGAAUAGAUG